UCCGCAAGAGAAGUUGGGGAUUGAACUGAAAACCGCUUAAGGCACAUCAUGAAGGCUCUGGUACUCACGAUCGCUCUUCUCGUGACUCUGGCCGGGGUCUGGGCACAGUGUCCUAGCCCCAGUGACCUCAAAACCGAGAACGGGACCAAGAUCUGCGCCCGCAUGUACGAGAACGACCACUACUACUACGACCAGUGCUGUGGGGGGAACUACCUGGACACUUUCUCCGGGGACGACAUGCCUUUAAUUCCAAAGGGCUGGAACGACCGGAUCUCCUCGCUGGUGGUGGGCUCCCGAUGUGACCUCACCGUUUGGUCGAGGAGCAAGAAAGAGGGCACCAAGCGCAAGUUCUCCUCUGGCAUUCAGUACCGCCUCAAAGAUGUGGCCAAAGGGCUUUUCGGAAACUGGGACAACUCCAUCUCGUCCUACUACUGCAAGUGUGCGUGAUCGGGACGGACGGGUGUGGAAGGACGGCCGGGGACUGAGGAGCUGACGCUUUGCGGGCUUCGCAAGACCAGCAGCUACCCGGCGUCACGGUGACAAGUCGCGUCCACCGCAGACUGCAUUUCAAAAAUGAGAUCAUUAAAGCAAAAUUGAAUACAAA